UUUAAAAGUCCCUCAAGGCUUUUCUUUCUUUCUUUCUUUUUUUGAAGAAAAUGGAGGAAGCGAACCACUUCCUCCAACUUUAUUAAUUGAGCAAAUAAAAGCCUGUCAAGUCAAAAAACUUGAGGCCUCAUUGAUCAAUCAAAAUUAUAGAUUAGCAAUAAUAAUUUAGAUCACGAGGCAAAGUCUUUACUAAUGCGUAUCCAAAUUGAUAGAUUUUGAUGCAUGAGCUUCUUGAUCUGGGCCGUCCUUUCCAUAGACUUUGAUGGUUUGACCGUGGACCUUUGGGGUUUGAAAGUUCAAUAUUUAUGAAAAAAAUAUAUUCUUAAGGUAAGUAGAGUCAAAAGGACGAUAUCUAAUUUUAGGAGAAGAAAAGAGAGCCGUGCGUUGAAUGGUAACCAUGUUCAACGUCACAUGGUCUUCAAGAAAACGGCUACUUCUAAUUUUCUGCUUCAUAUCUAUUGUCUAGUAGUGCUGUUUUCUUUUCUAUUCCAUCAUUUUGGUGCCUUUGGUGCGAGUUUUGGUCAGAAAAGGAUGAAUGGAAGAAAGAUCCUCCCUUAUUCUUCAUCUAUUGUGCUAUUUUUUUCUUCUUCCUCCAGAGAAGAUGGAAUAACCUUUUCUAGCCUUUCUUCUCCUUCAGAAGCCAUCUAUCUAGAGAAGCUGAUACCUUCCUAUUAACUAUUUUGUUCUAUCAUCUCUCUCUCAAUACAUCAUUUCUUCCUCCUUUCAGCCUAUUGUUUCUAUCAAAACAUGGAUCACUGGAGCAAGUCAUGUUUCCUGACACUGGUUUUCCUUAUCCAUUUCUCCUUCAGUUCCCAUCUCUCCAAAGCAGCUGAUACCCUCUAUCCAGAUCGGUCUCUCUCUGGAAACCAGACCAUUGUCUCUCAAGGUGGCAUCUUCGAACUGGGUUUCUUCACACCAGGUAACAACUCUAAAAAUUUCUACAUAGGCAUAUGGUAUAAACAAAUCCCAGUUAGAGCAGUAGUUUGGAUAGCAAACAGAGACCAUCCAAUAUCUGACACUGGUGCAUCAGAACUUAAGAUCUCAGAAGAUGGCAAUCUAGUCCUUGCCCAAUCUGGGAUCCCAGUCUGGUCAUCAAAUUUAAUCAUGACCACCUCAACAAAUUCCACGGUCGCGGUGCUUCUUGACACAGGCAACUUGGUUUUAAGAUACGGUUCGAACUCCUCUGCUGCAUUGUGGCAGAGUUUUGAUCACCCAACUGAUACAUGGCUGCCUAGACAGAAGCUUGGUCUGAAUAGAAUCUCUGGAGAAAACCAGCUCCUUAUUUCAUGGAGAAACUUGGAGGAUCCUUCAACUGGACUUUUCUCCCAUGGCAUAGACCCAAACGGAACCGACCAAUAUUUUCUAUGGCGAAAUGGUACCAAAUAUUGGACUACCGGGCUUUGGAAUGGCAAGAUAUUUGCCAACAUUCCUGAUAUGAGUUCGGGCAAUUACCUGAGCUAUGUCCAUGUUUCCAAUGAAAGGGAGAACUAUUUCACGUACACCUUUAGAGAUACCUCUACUAUAUCGAGACUCGUCAUGGAUGUAACAGGGCAAGCAAAGAUCUUGAAGUGGAUUGAGAGUUCUCAGGAAUGGUUAUGGGUUUGUCUAUUACCAAGUGAUCCAUGCUCGGUUCCAUCUCUAUGUGGGGCUUUCGGCAGCUGCAGUUUAGAAACAGUGCCUUUCUGCAGUUGUUUAGAAGGUUUCGAACCACAAUCCUCGACAGAUUGGAAUUUGAGUGAUUGGAGUGGUGGGUGUGUAAGGAGAACCCCUUUGCAGUGUUUCAAUAGCUCCGUGAACAGAGAAAAAGAUGAGUUUUUGAUGAUAUCCGAUGUGCAACCACCGACCAAUCCACAAUAUUUGGGGGCUGGGACUGCAGAAGAAUGUGAAUCAGCUUGCUUAAGAAGUUGUUUCUGUACUGCUUACUCAUACAGCGGUACGUGUUCGAUAUGGAAUGGGGAUCUCUAUGAUCUUAAGAAACUUUCCAAUGGUUCAAGCACUGGAGAUUCUGGAGUCCUUUAUCUUCGCCUUGCAGCUUCUGAUCUUCGGAGUGAAAACAGCCAAAGAGUUCAUGGAAUCAUACCAAUCAUUAUUGGAGCAGUUGCUGGAUCUGCCGUUUGUUUAGUUGUUGCUGUUGCACUGAUAUGGAAAUUUCAAUCUAAGCAUCCAACUGGUGUAUCAGAAGAGAUCAAGGGUUGUUCAUUGGUGCUAUUUAGGUACAAGGAUUUAGUGAAGGCGACCAACCGCUUCUCCGAAAAGCUAGGAGCUGGCAGCUUCGGAACUGUCUUUAAAGGAACAUUGCCCGAUUCAACUUUAGUAGCAGUGAAGAGACUUGAAAGAACUGGACAAGGAGAGAAGCAGUUCCGAGCAGAAGUGAGCACAAUUGGGCAGGCAAGGCAUGUGAAUCUUGUUGGCCUUCGCGGAUUCUGUUCGGAAGGUUCUGAAAGAUUGCUGGUAUAUGAUUACAUGCCAAAUGGCUCAUUGGGCUCUCAAUUGUUUCAGAAAAAAUCCAAGAUUGUAGACUGGACUGCAAGAUUUCAGAUUGCUCUUGGGACAGCUAGGGGAUUGGCUUAUCUUCAUGGGCAUUGCAGAGACUGCAUCAUACACUGCGAUAUCAAGCCUGAAAACAUACUUCUAGACUCAGAAUUCUCUCCUAAAGUAGCCGACUUUGGCAUGGCAAAGCUAAUUGGCAGGGAAUUCAGCAGAGUUCUGACAACCAUGAGAGGAACCCUGGGCUACCUUGCACCUGAAUGGAUCUCUGGAUUGGCCAUCACCCCAAAGGCUGAUGUUUAUAGUUAUGGUAUGAUGCUUCUUGAAGUUAUAUCAGGCAGGAGAAAUGCAGAGGUAUCUGAGGAUGGAAAUGUUACAUUUUUCCCCAUUUGGGCUGCCAGCAAAAUUAAUAAAGACGAAAUUCUUAGUUUAUUAGAUCACAGGUUAGAGGGUAAAGCUAAUGUGGAUGAACUGAGAAGAGCUUGUAGGGUUGCUGUUUGGUGUAUCCAAGAUGAAGAGAGUCACAGGCCAACAAUGAGUUUGGUUGUUCAAAUCCUAGAAGGGGUUGUAGAGGUGAACACGCCACCUAUUCCAAAGCAACUUUAUAACCUUGUGGAGAAUCGAGAGGAUAUGCUUUCUUCUGAAGCAACUUUUGGUGGGCAGACGUUAUAACCCACUAUUUAAGUAAAUCCAUUAAGAUCUGCUGUCACAUCUGUAGGCAGUGCCCCAUGCAAACGUGCAAAACAAGGUCGCGAUUCAAAGACUCUAUCCUCCAAAGGAAAGAGGCAAGCUCAAGCUCCGGCCAACAGUCACCAGUGAUGAGGCAGGAACAGCUACAGACUUCUCCAGUUGCACCAAAGAAGCUCUAGACACCAUCUUCUCUUCCGCCAUCCUAGGGCUCUGAGGAAGUUUGCCAAACAAUUAUUCCCUGCCCUUCUCAUCCACCAGUGGAGCAACUGUAUUAGAUUGGAGAGCGAGCAGGUUCUCAAGCCAUUGGGUAUUAUUGUAUUAAUUUUAAUGGAUCCAGAACUUGACAGUUUCAAUCUAUCCAUUUAGUUGGUUAUUUAAUUAUGACCAAUAAUUAUCAUUUUGGCUUCAUCAUAGACUUCCACUUCAAUUGUUAAAUUCCAAAUUUAAGUAGAUCGAUUGUUGGUGCUUUAUUUCUAAGUUGAUGGCCACCACCAGGAGUUGGUUCUCUCUCCAUGUCUUUUCUUCUUCUCUCUCAGUAACCACCUCUCUAUUGUUGAUGAUACUCUCUCUUGCGGCCAAUUCCUUUCAUAAAACCAAAUCAUAAUCUCCACUGAAGGCAUCUGUGUGGGAGGACCCAUGCAGGCAUAUAUUUAUUCUCACAUCAACUAGAUUCUGGAUACUUAUACAAGACCAAAAAACCUAAAUAAUACUUUCUGGCUAGUCUUUUUGGGUGAGGUCCUGAUCAUUACAAAUAGUAUCAGAGCGUAUCUAGCUUGUAGCCCAUGUGGACUAGAAAACACUGCAGCAUGGGUCCAUUGGAAUUCGUAAUGAUUUAGAGCCUCAUCCAAAAAAGCUAAACAGGAUAUAUUAUUUAAGUUCCUUGAUCCUGUAUAAAUACUCAUGAUCUAUCCAUUAAAUAGCCGAUGUAGGACUAAACAUAUGGCUGCAUGAGUCCUCACAUACUACCCUUGUUUAAGCCCUAGCGAGGACUGUGAGCUAGAUUUCUUCACACCAAUAAGCCACAAAACUUCUAUAUAGGCAUGUGUUAUAAAAGGAGGCUUGAAAGAAUGGUCUUUUGGGUAGAGACCGAUCUUAAGCUCUUCACUUUUAGAGCUAAAGGUAUCCCAAGAUGGAAAUUUUGUCCUCUUGAAUGAGGUACAAACUGUAAUCUGGUCAUCAAAUUUAAACUCCAUUGCUAUAGACUUAACAACUGCAAUGCUGCUUGACUCUUUGAAACUUUGCUCUGAUGAAACCGGUUAGACUCCACUUCUGUAGUUUGGCAGAGCUUCGAUCACCAACUGACACAUGGCUCCCUGGAGGACAAAUUGGUUGGAACAAGCUUACCGGGGAGUGCAUAACGUCACUUCAUGAAAUAAUCCAGAAGAUCCAGCUCCUGGGCCUUACUCUUAUGGCUUCGACCCUAAUGGAAAAAAUCAGUUGGUUCAGUUAUGGAAUGGUUCUAAAAUGUACCGGAUUAGUAGAGAAUGGAAUGGCCAUUCUUCAGCUUAGUCCCUGAAAUGACGAGGAACAAAGUCUUCUUGAGCUUAGUAUUCUUUUUAAGGAAUGAAGUCUUCAACUACAUCUAUUUUGAGAGUGAGAUCUGCAUAACUUGCAUCCUUUUUGAUACUAAGCACCAUCACCAGAUUUGUGGUGGAUGUAUCAGGGCAAGGAUUACAGUGGUCGUGGUUGAAUAAUAAUAGUGCAGGCUAGGUUCUCAUUUGGUCUCAACCAAAACUCCAUGGUGAUGUUUAUUCUCUUAGUGGUUUCUUCAGUAUCGGUGAUGAUAAUGAUGUGCUCCUCUAUAGAUGUCUACAAGGUUUUGAGCCUGCAUCUCUAGAAGACUGGAAUUCAGGAUAAUGAAAUAGAGAGUGUCAGAAAAACCAAAUUGUGAUGUUGUGAUCAUAAGUUUAUGAUGAGUUAACUCAAAAAAAAA